GGAGAUCUAGGUGGGAUCCCACCCUCUGUCAUUCGGUGCUUCGCCUCCCAUCAGUCGGAACAAGAAACGACUUCCAUCCCAUUUUUCGGUAAGAACACCUUGGAAGCCAUAUGAUUUGCUUUCAUCAUGAUGCUGUCAGGGGUCUCCAGCUGAAAGCGCUCCAUUUUCUCGUCUCUUGAUGACGCCCAGGUAGGUCACAAUCGACACCGGCCAAUCCGUCCGUGAGUGGCUGCGUGAUUUGCUCUUGUGAUGCUAUCUGCCUGUCUGUCCGUCUGUCUGUCUGUCCUCCAGUGAGUGCACGCCAUGACUGACCGGCCGCUACCAUCAGAUGUCCCAUCGGCCCUCCACUCGGUGACAGUAGAGGCACUCCUUCGUCUCGACGGUGAGUGACAACUUGAAGGGAGAAAGACACACAUUCACAACCAGUGCACGAAGAAAACGGGCCAUCGUGUGUUCUCCCUUGUAUGCAGAGCUUCGUCGUUCGACGGAGGGAGAGCAGCAGCAAUACAAAAAGCGAAUUUUUGAGCUCGAGACACAAAGGGACGACUACAGACGUGAGCGAGACGAAGCUCUUGACCGGGCACGGCGAGCGGAAGAAGAGCUGCGAGAGUUGCGGGCGCCCGGCCAUGCGCAGAACGACAACUCGACUGUCGGCACGAUUGCUCAUCAGGGCGGUCUGUAUCAUGGCCCUUUGGCGAAUGGAGUGCCGGACGGGAGAGGAGUGCUCGUGGCUGUGCUACACGCGACGGACGGCGAGACCAAGAUAUACGGGGGAGAGUGGAGGGGCGGCGAGCGUCACGGCAAGGGGGCGGAGUUCGCAACCUGUCAGAUCAAGCGAAAGAAGAAGACAUGUCUCGUGUAUGAGGGCGACUUCGCGGACGGCAAGCGAGAUGGCAAGGACACAGAAUAUGCAUCAGACGGUCAGAAGAUGGUGAACAUCUACGAGGGUGGGUGGAAGAACGGCAUGCGACGCGGCCACGGCAAGUCCACGAGCACGCCGGGUCGCCACUGUGGCCGUCGCUUUGGCGAGACAGUGUACGAGGGUCAGAGGGCAGAUGGCGAGAUGAAGGGAGACGGCCGCAUUACCAACCUGAACCUUUGCGAUGACAAGGGAGACUGUUUAGGGCAGUACACAGGCCCCACACUCGACGGCAAACCACACGGCGAGGGGAAAGUGCGCCACUGCGGUGGCGUUGUCUACGACGGCGGAUGGAAGGAGGGAAAGCAGCACGGCCAGGGGGAGGAGCGCACUAUGUUUUCUGAAGGAGUGAGCUACAAUGGUGAGUGGGUCGAAGGAGACAAGAAGGGAGCCGGCGUGGCGACGGGCAUGCUAUGGGAGUGUGGCUUAUAUUAUGGUGAGACACUCGACGGCAAGCCACACGGCCAGGGCGAGCUCCGAGACUACCGAAACAAGGAACUGGUCGUAUACUCCGGCGAAUGGAGGGACGGCGAGAGGCACGGCCAAGGGAAGGCAUCCGCUCCUUUCGCCCGUUCUCCGGUGUGGUUUGAAGGGGAGUGGAGAGAGAACCUCAUACAUAAGGGAACGCUCUUCCCUGAGGGGGUCUGGUUCUCAGUGACGAGGCCUGGUGAGACCCCUACAUGGCCCAUCAAGGCCAUUCAAUGGCAAGAGGGGCAGCAGAUAGCUGACAUGGAUGUGGGGGGUAAGACAAGGUUGUGGCAGGUCCUGAAGGAUCGGGGCACGGCAGAGUAUCUUCCUGCUGGUACACUGGUGUAGCCGGUGUCUCGUGUAUCGUGUCUCGAUGUGUGUCGGAGCUGACAGGAUGGCGAUUGAUAUCCGUUGGUCUGUCAAUGUGGCUCUGUCGCUGUCUGGAUCUCCACAAGGCGGCUUUGAUAAGAAUGAAGGUCUUCCCUUUUUUGGAGCUCACAUGUCAUGUACAUGAGAUGAAGUGACAAUCUGAUUGCUCCAACAAUGAGACUCGAUUCUCUUAGUGUGUCGAUUCGAUUAAG